AUGGGUAGUGCCGUACUCGAGGAAGUGUCGCCCAACGCUGUUGCCAUCGUCGGUAUGGGAUGCAGAUUCUCCGGAGCUGAUUCAGUUGAAGAUUACUGGCGUAUUUUGGAGAAGGGCCAGUCUAUGAUGAGCGAUCUUCCCAAAGGUCGUUUCCCGGCAAGCGAACAUCAACGCAGCACCGACAAGACGGUGUACUUUGGCAACUACCUGGACAGCAUCUCAAGGUUCGACAACCGUUUCUUCAAGAAGUCCAGCCGCGAGGCUGCAUCUAUGGACCCGCAACAGAGGCUUCUCCUUGAAGUUUCGUACGAGGCCUUGGAGUCGAGCGGCUUUUUUGGGCCCCGCGAGCCAGAGUUUGACGUCGGAUGUUUUAUCGGAGUAUGCGCCUCUGAAUACAACGAUAACGUGGCCAGUCAUCCAUCCAAUGCCUUUUCUGCACUGGGUACAUUGAGGGCAUUUGUUCCAGGCCGGAUCAGCCAUUUUUUCGGCCUCACUGGACCAUCGAUUGCCCUGGACACGGCCUGUUCAUCCUCAGCUGUUGCCAUUGACGCUGCUUGCAAGGCUAUUUUGCACGGUGACUGCAAGAGCGCCAUUGCUGGCGGUGUCUCCGUCUUCACAAGCCCUUUCUUCUAUCAAAAUCUAUCCUCUGCAUCGUUUCUUAGCUCCACGGGCGCAAGCAAGUCAUUUGACGCCAGCGCAGAUGGCUACUGCCGUGGGGAGGGUGUCGGUCUCGUCAUCCUGAAGCGUCUGUCAGACGCCAUUGUGUGUGGCGACAAUAUUCUCGGCACGAUCCUUUCAACCGCAGUCCGCCAAAGCAGCAACAAGGUGCCUAUCACCGUCCCCUACAGCCCAUCACAGGCAGACCUUUACAGAAAGCUCCUCAGUACUGCUGGAAUCACGCCAGAGGCCGUCACAUACGUCGAGGCUCAUGGCACAGGCACUCCCGUUGGUGACCCUCUCGAAUUCGGUGCGAUCAAGGAGGUAUUUGGCACCCAGUCAAGACCGGAUCCGCUAUACUUUGCAUCGGUCAAGGGUAAUAUUGGACAUACCGAAGGCGCCUCUGGUGUCGCUGGUCUUAUCAAAAUUAUCCUGAUGAUGCAGCAUCGCGCCAUUCCAAGACAGGCACAUCUCCAGUGUGCGCACCCCAAGAUUUCGCUGAUACCGGGUCAAAUCUACAUUCCUACGGAGACUAUGCCAUGGAAUGCAAAAAGGCUUGUCGCAUGUGUGAACAACUAUGGAGCCGCGGGCAGCAUUGCUGCCAUGAUAGUCGAGCAACCGCCAUCGCAAGAUGUUGCUACCGCUACAUUGUAUGGGAGAAAUAAGUAUCCCCUUGUCAUCACCGCCAACAGUCCAAAGAGUCUCAGUGAGAACUGUGCAAAAUUGGCUGAUUACGUGUCUUCGCUCAAUGGACAAUCUGCUUCAGGCGCAAGUCUGCUCGCAGAUUUUACAUUCAACCUCAGCGACAGGCAAAACAGAACCCUGCCCAACAUGUUUGCAACAGCCGUCUCUAGCCUAUCCGAGCUAGACAGCCAACUUCGUGUAGUGGCUUCCGAUCCCGUUUCAACCAUCUGUCAACCGAGCCAAAGUCCGAAACCUGUCGUUCUCAUCUUCGGUGGCCAGACAGCUCGCACUGUUGGCCUGAGCAAGAGUGUCUAUGAGUGCUCGCACGUAUUCCGCAAGUACCUCGAUGAUUGCAACGAUGUGAUAAAAGGAUUUGGCCAUAAUGGCAUAUAUCCUGACAUAUUCGACCCGGCUCCGGUUCAUGACGUGGUGUCGCUCCAGACGAUGCAGUUUGCGCUGCAAUAUGCUUGCGCACAAUCAUGGAUUGCCUGUGGUCUAAAGGCUAAUUGUGUUCUUGGCCACUCAUUUGGUCAACUCACCGCCUUGACGGUCUCCGGUGUUCUGUCGCUCGUCGACGGUCUCAAAUUGGUACAUGGUCGAGGAAUACUCAUGCGCGACAGUUGGGCUUCUGAGAGCGGCUCUAUGCUUGCCCUCGAGGCUGACCGCGCGAGUACAAUGCAAAUAGUCUCUCAGAUACGGACAAUUAAUUCGCCUUCCAGUUCUGGGAUUGAGGUGGCAUGCUUUAAUGGACCGUCAAGCCAUGUCCUCGUUGGAUCUUCUGUUGAAAUCAGCGCUGCUCUCCAGGCCACGAAGAGGACCAAUAUUAAAACCAAGGUCUUGGAUGUGACUCAUGGCUUUCAUUCGCGCUUCUGCGAUCCCAUUCUUCCAGAACUGGAGAGACUCGCGCAGGGGCUUACAUUUAACAAGCCCAAGAUUCCCUUGGAGACCUGCUCCAACGGGCAACCUUGGAGCGAGGUCACUGCUAAGCUGAUCGCUGAGCAUACUCGAACACCUGUAUACUUCAAGGAUGCAGUAAAGCGAAUUGAGAUGCGGCUCGGCGCAUGUACAUGGUUAGAAGUUGGAUCCAACUCUCCUGUAACAGGUAUGGUGCGCCGAGCUCUGGCGGAUUUCAAAGACCAUUCAUUUUGCCCAAUCAACUUGUCUCGAGAUGACGCCAUGAGCGAAUUGGUGGACAUAACAGUAGGCUUAUGGAAGAACGGUGAACAUGUUCAAUAUUGGCCGUUCCACCACAUCCAACGUCAGGAUUACCGGCAUCUGAACUUGCCGCCUUACCAAUUUGAAAAGAACGAGCACUGGCUCGACUUUGACCUACAGGCAGGAAAUGGUUCAGAGUCAACUGGGACGGUGUCGAAAAGUUCUGAAUCGGCCUUAGCCGAGCCGGAGCCGGUCCUUGUUACGUUCGCAGGGUCUCAAGACAUUGGCAACGGCCAGAAGCAGACCACCUUUACCAUUGACCCACGUUCUGAAGAAUGGAAGGUACUUGUUGCCGGUCAUUCCGUAUUACACGAGUCUCUAUGUCCCGCAUCAAUGUACCUUGAGCUAGUUCUUCGGGCAGCUAAGGAUCUGGCAAACAUCAACAAAAUGACAUCUGCUCCGUUCGCCCGUGUGGAUGAGCUCGAAAUGGCUUCUCCGCUAGGUAUGAGUCAGGACAAGAUCGUCCAGCUUGUAUUAAAGUCAUCAGAUACUACUGGCCGGAGAUUCAAUUUCGCUUUCCAUUCACAGGGCCGUGCUGUAAAGCCAACUGCUAUGCAGACACACGCUGCCGGCAAAUGCGAGAUUACUCCAGAUGAUGAUACAACUGUUAUUGCGGAGUUUGAAAGGACUAGGAAACUACUCCAGCAUAUUCACAAGGACCAGAGACAAGACCAUGUCCAGAGAUACGCAGAAAUGGCCACGCAGCCGGAAAGCGAGGCAGUCUACGGGUCGGUCGUCUACAAGAUCUUCUCCAGGGUAGUCCAAUACCAUGACUUCUACCAAGGCGUUCGAAGGCUCGCUAGUACCAACGAUGGCUUUGUCGCUGCCGAGGUGUCCCUACUAGAGACCCAACCGGGAGUUUCAAAAGAUCUUCUAUCUUUCCCUGUAGCCAUCGACAAUUUCUUCCAGGUUCCUGGAUUGUUUGCAAACUGUCUGGCACCUUGCCCGUCGGACGAGGUCUUUGUCUCUACCCAUGUCGACCGCAUCCAGUUGUCGCCCGAGUUUGGCAAGCGACAGACUGAGGGGGGCAGCCCUGCUUGGGACGUUUUUGCCAUAUCUACCUCCAUUGGCGAGAAGGAAAGCUCUAACGAUAUAUUCGUUACGGACAAGGGUACCAAUAAACUUGUCUUCAUUGUCUUUGGAGCAAAGUUCAGCAGGGUAAAGACGGCAACACUUGCCAAGAUCUUGUCUCGCGCCAACCAAAAUGAGACUUCCGCGCCUAUGAGAAAUGAAACAACUCAACGCGGUCGUUUGAAUACCGGCAAAGCUCCAUUGAUCUCGUCUGUGUCGAAGACCCCGACAGUGGUGCUGAGUCAGCCUAUACCAGGCCAGCAGCAGCCAUCAAGGCAGACUGGACCUCAAGUGGAGGCAAUGACAGCUAAGAAAAUUCCAUCGCCAUCAUCGCCGGUCAUCCAAAUGAGGACCCAGUUGCCAAAUGUUGAGACGCAGCUUCGGCAAAUGCUCAGCGAAAUAACCGAUGUACCUGCGAAUCAGUUCCAGACGACGGUUACCCUAGACCAACUCGGCAUCGAUUCACUGAUGACCACGGAAAUUGUAUCAGAGGUUCAAGAGGUCUUUAACAUAGCAAUUGAUACGGCUCAACUGUUUGAUCUGCAGACUUUUGGAUCUUUAUGCUCAUACCUAGAUACACAUGAGAGCCGACAAGGGUCCGUCAAUUCAGUGGAUCAGUCGCCACAAGCCAAGCUUGCACCUCCUCUCCCAUCUACCCUGGCCAUCUCGUCAGCCGAAGAGCAAGAUGUCAUUCGUGAGGUUGUGAUUGAGCAAACCACAUCAGUGGCUAAAAAUGCAGGUGUGCCGGACUACGAAGAGCUCGUCGCGCAACUGGCUGGUUUGCUGGGCACUCAUCUCGAAUGUCCACCUACAGACUUCACAGGACCAACGAACCUCAUGGAUCACGGUCUGGAUUCCCUCCUCAGCAUGGAGCUUAUGAGUGAUAUCGAAGAAAUCUUUGGUGUUUCGAUUGAUUCUAAGCUUUUAUUGAGCGAGAGCAGCUUCGGGCAUCUCGCAGACAUCCUCGUCAGCGCCGUCACUUCUCUCCGACCAGCAAGCAGCACAGAUUCGACCACGGUCACUUCAACACGGGCGCAGUCAAAUGGGAUGACAACACCGGGCACCAUGACUGACAAUAGUGUCGAUGGCGGCGAUAUCUUCACUGCGACUGCCAAGGUGCAGUCUGUUUCGACAACAGCUGUCCUCGAUAGCGCAGCUCAGGCAUUUGAAAGUAUCAAGGGGCACUUCGAUAGGUUUGCAGAGCAAUAUCACUUCAGCGAUUUCUACACCAAAGUCGCCGACAAGCAAGCAGACCUGGUUCUAGCUUACGUGGUCGAAGCCUUAGCCGAUUUCGGCAUCGAUCUGAACACACUGAGACCAGGAGAGCAGAUCCCACGAAUUCUUGUAGCUCCCAAGCAUGAAAGUAUGAUCAAAGUUUUCAACGAGAUCCUCCGAUGGGGCAAGUUGGCCGACUACGACGGCAAAGAAUACGUCCGCUCAGAUGCGAUCGUACAGAAAUUGCCAUCCAGCGUCCUGUACAAGGAUAUCCUGGCACAGUUCCCUCAACAUGCCAAAGAACAUACGCUACUAAAUCUCUGUGGUUCGGACAUGUCGAAACUCCUUACUGGCAAGAUGGAUCCUCUAGCAGUGCUGUUCGGAAACAAAUCCAACAGGGAGAUCCUGAAAGAUGUGUACAGCACUGCGCCCAUGUUUGUAAUUCACUCGCAGCUACUAACAGACUACCUGGAGGAAGCACUGAGUACAUCCUCACCAGGGCCUGAUGGAAAGUUCCACAUCAUGGAGCUUGGGGCUGGAACUGGUGCCACGACGCGCUGCAUUGUGGACCGACUGGUGCAGUGCGGGAUACCGAUCGAGUACACUUUCACCGACAUCUCUUCUGCACUUGUCACAGGUGGUAAGCGCAAGUUUGCCCGUUACGACUGCAUGAAAUACGGCACCGUCGAUAUCGAAAAGGAGCCACCCGCCCAAUACCUGGGACAGUUCGACGUUGUCCUUGCGACCAACUGUAUCCAUGCAACCCGCAAUCUCCAAAACUCCAUGGGAAACAUUAGCAAGCUACUGCAACCCCACGGUUUUGUGUCGCUAGUCGAGCUUACUACUAGGAACUACUGGCUAGACAUGGUCUUUGGCCUCCUUGACGGAUGGUGGCUGUACGAUGAUGGACGUCCUUACGUGCUCGCGACUCCCGAGUUCUGGGAAAAUAUUAUGCUACAGGUCGGUUUCCAGCAUGUGUCAUGGACGGGCGGCCAUACACCCGAAUCAGAGGCCGUGAGGGUCAUCUCCGGGUUCAAGCAGCCCGUGCAAGAUCCAUCCUCGUAUCGCAGCAUGCCGCAGGAGAAGACUGGAAAUAUUGAGACGGUUGUCUUUGCACAUACAGACAAAGAUCUUCCACUGAGGGCAGAUAUCCGCUACCCGUCACCGCAGAUGGCGGCCAGAUAUGAUACUUGGGUCACUGGCUUAGUGAUCCACGGAGGAGGUCAUGUGAUGCUAUCGCGUCAAGAUAUUCGACCACGUCAAAUACAACUUCUUCUUGACAAUGGUAUUUUGCCUGUAUCCAUUGACUACAGACUCUGCCCAGAGACCACCAUCUUAGAAGGACCACUCGUCGAUGUCGCCGAUGCAUAUGCCUGGGCACGGAACUCGCUGCCAUCUCUGAGUUUGACAAAAACCCGAGUCAAUGAGAGACUUGACUGCAGCAGGGCAGUAGUUAUCGGCUGGUCCACUGGUGGUACGCUUGCCAUGUCUCUGGCGUGGACCUCGAUACCACGUGGAAUCUCUCCCCCAACAGGCAUCCUGGCCUUUUACUGUCCGACCAAUUACGAAGAUGAUUUUUGGCUGAAGCCCAAUAUGCCAAAACACUCUGACACGUUUGGCGGCGAGUCAUACAACGUCAUCGACGGAGUUUACAAUGCUCCAAUCACGGCUUACAAUAUACCAUCCACGACGAAGGCAGCAACAGGGUGGAUGGCACCUAAAGAUCCUCGCAGCCGAGUUCUCCUUCAUAUGAACUGGCAUGGACAGACUCUUCCUGUCCUUUUCCGCGGGCUACCAGCAGGGCCAAGCGUGCCACAGCAGGUUGCGUCAGCAUUCAAUCGCCUGCAACAACCACCAAAAGAAGACGUUAUCCAGGCUAGUCCCUACGCGCAGAUUCUUCAAGGCAAUUACAAGUCGCCAACCCACAUCGUGUUUGGCACCAGUGAUGAUCUGAUCCCAUGGGAACAGGCUCAGCGGACGGUUGCCGCGAUGAAAGACGCUGGCAUCGAGUCGGGGCUUACAAUCGCGCCCGGGGAGCCUCACCUGUUCGACUUAUACCGCGAUCCCAAUGGCUGUCGCUGGGGUUAUGUUAUGGAAGGCUACAACUUUUUGCUUCAAAUUCUGGGGAAGGAAACUGUUUGA